AUGUAUAAGCAUAUCGCCAAACACUGCCGACGUCAGGCCUGCUGCGCUUACUGUGCUGGCCACCAUGAUACUGGGGACUGCUCCACACCCCACGACAAGCAGUAUGCCAAGUGCACUAACUGCGUCGAAGAAAACACCCAUAUCAAAGAUCCAGCCAAGAAGCACGACGAACGCCACUACGCCUUCGCGAGGGAGUGCCCAAUUCGGGCAUCCUGCCUCUACGAGGUGCACCAGCGUCGCGCCCACGGGCCCCAAUUCCACGCGCCAGUCGCGAGACCAGGCAUGGCCUCGCCAGGCGCAGUCAAUCCGACUGCUGACCCUACCCCGGCCGAAGUGGCCAUGGAGCGCAGCCCCAGAGCUCCCACCCGAAGCGCCCCAAUCCCGCGGACUCGGUCCGCCCCGUCACGCAGCAAAAGCACGGCCACCCGCAAGCGUGCCGCAGAACCUGACAGCCCUAAAGCCCCGGCGAAGCCAACAACCCGGUCCUCAAAGAAGGCCAUGCGAGACCGAGAGGAUCCCAUGGACGAGAGACAGAGUGACGCCAACGUGAACUCACUGAUCACGCACGAACCUCUACCUCAACUGUCUCCGCGGACCCCCCCCUCGCUGGAGUCGGCCAAUGUCGACGCAGUCAAGAAGGUGCGACGCCGCCAAAGCGCACGCCCUGCCGCUGACGAGUCGUCCGACGACGAAUUGAGCCUCACCCGCAGAGACCCCGACUAUGGCCCCACUGACGAAGCAAUGACCACUAACCUCGAAGACAGUUCGUGGGCCUAA